AUGGGUUCCUCCGAUAAUUCGUCGACGACGAAUGCGCCAACGACCCCUUCCCUCCCGGCGGACUUCUCGACAACGCCGCACGUUGUCGACUUGAGCGCGGUGCCGAUUUUCAACGGGGAGCAUUUCUCCUCGUGGCGUUUCAAGCUCAAGGUGUAUAUGAUGGAGCGCGACUUGUGGGGCUUCUUCGAUGGGUCGGCAUCGAAGCCCACGUCAGACGCUUCAACCGCGGAGAAGGAAGCGUGUGUGCGUAAGGACAAAAAGGCGUUUGCCUUUCUUGUCUCCAAGCUAAGCCUCCAACUCGUCCCGAUCGUGAGUCCGUGCAUCGACCGUGACGGCGCGACUCGUGAAGCGUGGAAGCGACUCGAAGGAGAGCACGUCUCCAAGUCGCUUCAUAGCAAGCUUCAAGCGCGCCUCGACUUCUUCACGGUGCGGAUGAGGGACGGCGAGUCAAUGCGCGCGUACGUCAACCGCGUGGAGGAGCUUGGCGAGCGCUUGGUGGAACUCGACGCGAGCGUGGAGGACAACGAUUGGAUCAUGACGCUCCUCGCGGGCCUCGGUGAAGCGUGGUCAACCGUGAUCACGAUGUUGGAUGGGACGCAAGACACGUGGAAGAAGGAGCAAGUGGUGGCACGCCUCAUCAACGAAGAGGCGAGGCGCACGAAAUUGCAUGGCGAUGCAAUUGGCGCGGCACACUUCUCUCGCGAUGCGAAGGCGAAAGGGACGAGUCACUUCAAGCGGCGCAACGACGGCAACAACCGCGGGAGCUCGAGCGGGAGCGCGGCGGCCUCAAGCUCAUGA